AUGUCUCCAUCCGCACAAGAUACACCGCCAUUACCAACGCCAUUCUGCAGGAAUACGGCAAGCCCACGCUGCCGUGGUCGAUCAAAGCGCAGCUGCAGGGCCGCAAGCAAGAUCUUCCACGACUGGGCGCAUCUCCCAAUCACACCCGAAGAAUACGCCUCCAAACAAGCCGCCCUGCAGAGCAAAUACUUCCCGCAGUCGCAGCCCCUCCCCGGCGUGCGGAAACUCCUCGCCGACCUCGUCGCGACGCAGGCCACCGCGCACCCGGUGCACAUCGCGCUGGCGACGUCCUCGCACAGCAAGAACUACGCGCUGAAGACGGACCACCUGCAGGAUCUGUUCUCGCUGUUUCCGGCGUCGCAGCGUGUGCUCGGCGAUGACCCGCGCAUCGGCAAGGGCCGCGGUAAGCCCCUGCCCGAUAUCUAUCUGCUGGCGCUGGAGACAAUCAACACGAACCUGCGGGAGCGGGGUGAGGCGGAGAUCAAGCCCGAGGAGUGUCUUGUGUUUGAGGAUGCGGUGCCGGGGGUAGAGGCGGGGCGGAGAGCUGGGAUGCGUGUUGUCUGGUGUCCGCAUCCUGGCUUGUUGGAGGCGUAUAAGGGGCGUGAGGCGGAGGUGCUGGCUGGGUUGACUGGACAGCAUAAGGAGGAGGAGAAGUCGUCGGCGGAGAAAGAGGCGGAUGAGAUUAUUGCGGGACGGAUGAAGGGAGCUGGUACGCCUGGGGCUCUCAACGAUGGCUGGGCCGACCUGAUACCUACGCUGGAGAACUUCCCAUACGAGAAGUAUGGCAUUCGCAUUGCCUAA